AUUGUAAGUAAGAUUGCAAUCUUUUUAGUAUAAUGACUGCUUAAAAAUAGGAAGGGUUUUUAAAAUGUUACAUGAUUUAAUUGCGCUACGAAUUUAUUAGUUUAGAUUUGGUGGACAGAAAAUAUUUUUUAUAUUAAGUAACCAAUUUUAGCAUUUUCAAUAUAUUUUGGAUAUAAUAAAAACAAAUGAGUAGAAUUGAUUAGAUACUAAUGGAUCAAUUUUUUUUUUUGUGUGUGGAAAGUCUUACAAAUUUGGUAUACAAACAAAAGUAGUCAAUUGAAUUUUGGAAAGGUUGGAUUUUAUUCUGUUGACAGCACUAGCCGAAAAAUAACCUAAACCAAUUGUGUACGUGUUUCAAAACCAACAGAUAUAUAAAAGUUUCAAAAGUGAGAUAUAACUGGUUUUGAAUCACGUUUAAAUUUGGUUAAUUAUGGAACUAUAAUUUCGCUGGUAACCGAGUAUUAAAAGCAGUGGCAUUGAAGCGUAAUUAUUUAAAAAAACUCAGGGUUAAUUCAAAUUUAUACUUCUGAUUAAAUAGUUAUUAAUCUCUGAUUUUUAUGCUACUCGCCUAGUGCAAUUUCCAAGAUGGGUUGUGUGAAAUCUUGAAGGCGACACAAAACAAUACAAUUAAACCGAAAAUGCUAAACCGGAAUGAACCGAAAAAUGUUAAACCGGAGAUCAUGCCAUCUUUUGAUGAGUCAUCAUCAUCCUUAUUAGAUCCACCAAACACACAAAAGUGCUCCUCGUAGUAUCUCCGGCCGAUGAAGAUUCUCGUUGCCGUUAAGCGUGUCGUCGACUACGCCGUCAAGAUCCGUGUCAAACCCGACAAGACCGGCGUAGAUACCCAGAAUGUCAAGAUGUCGAUGAACCCAUUCUGCGAGAUCGCGCUCGAGGAAGCCCUUCGAAUCAAAGAAGCUGGGUUCGCCAAAGAGGUCGUCGCAGUGAGCAUCGGGCCUUCACAGUGCGUUGACACGCUUCGCACUGGUCUAGCCAUGGGCGCUGAUCGUGGAAUCCAUGUCGAGGCCAGUUAUAGCUUCCUCCCUUUGACGAUCGCUAAGAUCUUGAAGAGUCUCGCUGAUGUCGAGAAUCCUGGAUUGAUUUUCCUCGGGAAACAGGCAAUAGAUGAUGACUGCAAUCAAACAGGACAAAUGGUUGCAGCUUUGCUUGGUUGGCCACAAGCAACUUUUGCAUCUAAGGUUGUGUUGGAUAAGGAUAAGCAGUCUGCAACUGUGGAUAGAGAAGUUGAUGAAGGUCUUGAAACCCUUAGUGUAGAUUUACCCGCUGUGAUCACAACUGACUUGAGGUUGAACCAACCAAGAUAUGCAACACUCCCCAACAUAAUGAAGGCAAAAUCGAAGCCGAUAAAGAAAAUGACGUUGGAGGAUCUGAAAGUAGACAUUAAAUCUGACAUAGAGAUUGUGGAAGUCACGGAGCCUCCAAAGAGGAAAUCUGGAGUUAUCGUUUCUUCAGUGGAUGAGUUGAUAUAUAAGCUCAAAAAUGAAGCUCAUGUAGUUUGAAGAAACAAACCUUAUAUGUCUUCAUCAUGAUCUGCUACACGCACACUUGUCAUUUUUCUUUCUUCUUUAGAUACAUUGCUAUUUCAGGAAUGAAGUAGAAAGUAAAUAAAUAAAGGACGUGUAAAACAGUUUAUUUGGUAAGUUACUUGAAAAAAUCUUCACUUUUAUUACA